GCGGCGUCGCCAUGGCCACGGCUGAGGCGGCAGCCCGGGCUCGGGCUCCGCUCCGUCCCUCACCUGCCGCCGACUAAAGCCUGCGGACAUUUUGUCUGAAAAAGGCAGAGCGUAAAUCGCACACCGGCUCGGGGGUGUUAGAAUGCAGGCGGCGCCCUCUGGAGACCCGGACAGCGGCCGCAGAGAGGAGGUCCCGGCGCCUGAGGCGUCGGAGGCGCCGUUGGGCGAGCCCGGGAACGGAGGUGCCCACACGGAGCGUGAGGGCAGCGCUGUGAGCACAGCUGAUAAAACUCAAGAGAAAGAAGUCAACUGUACGUCCAGAGCAGAUCAAGAGAAUGAACAAAAAUCAGAUAUUGAUCAGAAGUCUGGAUCCAGCUCAUCCAGUCAAAAGACAGUAGAAAAGAGAGGCUCUGUAAGGAUGACAAAAAAGAUUCUGCUAGACAUCUGUAAACAGCAGAAAUUAUACUGGACCCCAUACUUAAAUGAUACACUGUACUUGCAUUAUAAAGGAUUUGACCGACUGGAGAAUCUUGAAGAAUAUACAGGACUGAAAUGUUUGUGGCUGCAAUGCAAUGGCUUAAGAAAAAUUGAGAAUUUGGAGGCUCAGACAGAGUUGCGUUCCCUCUACCUGCAACUCAAUUUAAUUGAGAAAAUUGAAAACCUUGAACCCCUACAAAAGCUGGAUUCCCUCAAUAUCAGUAACAACUACAUCAGGACCAUUGAGAAUCUCUCUUGUCUGAAAGUCUUGCAGACUCUGCAGAUCGCUCACAAUAAGUUACAGACAGUGGAAGACAUCCAGCACUUGCAGGAAUGCCCAAGUAUUUCUGUUCUUGAUCUUUCCCACAACAAACUGAGUGAUCCAAGUAUUGUAGCUAUUCUGGAGACCAUGCCCAAUCUGCAUGUGCUGAAUUUGAUGGGAAAUGAGGUGAUAAAGAAAAUUGCUGACUAUAGAAAAACACUCACUGUUCGACUGAAACAGCUGACAUAUCUGGAUGACAGACCAGUUUUCCCAAAGGACAGAGCCUGUGCAGAAGCCUGGGCUGUUGGAGGGCUUGAAGCUGAGAAAGCAGAAAGGGAAAAAUGGGAAACCAGAGAGAGAAAAAAAAUCCAAGAUAGCAUUGAUGCGUUAGCAGCAAUUAGGCAAAGAGCACAGGAAAAGAGGAAACAAAAGUGCAUGGAAGGAGUUGCAACAGAUACCCAAGAAGGAGAACCUGCAAAUUCAAAAGAUGGUGAUGGAAGUUCUAAUACAUCGGAAACUUCAAAUAGAUCAGAAGAAGAAGCUCAAGAAAAGACUGAGAAAUUUAAAAAUGAGGGUUUUGAUGCUUGUGAUGAAGUGAAAACAAUUCUACCAAAUAGAGAAGAUAGCAGAGAUUUCACAUCUGGAAAUAUGCCUGAUGAAGGUCAAGAGGAUGCACAGGAACCAGACUCCUACAAAUGUGCAAAUUUCAGCCAGGAGGCAGAUGAUCUACCAGGACAGGAGGCAGCUACUGACCAGGCUGAGCUUCCUGAGAGGGAGGAGGAAUAUGCUGAAAUUGAACAGUUCAAACUGGAGACACUGGCAGCACUUUCUCUUGAUGAACUGCCUGAUUUGGAAGAUGUUGUUGUAAGUGAGUUUCCCCCAGAAGAUGAAAUCUUUGUUCAAAAGCAGGACUAUCACCCAAAGAUUGAAAUAAUUUCUGAAGUGACAAAUGACAGCAAUUCUGCAUUAGAGGAAAACAAUACAAGCAUGACUGAGAAUUCAGUAGAAGAAGUUCCAACAGCAAUUUUUUCAAAUGUAUGUCAGAACCAUAAAGAGCAUGAAAAGGAGCACUUAAGACCCCUUCUCAAAAGCUUAUUUACAGAGCCUGAGAAUUCAGAAGGAUACAUGGAGAUCAAAGAUAAAGAGGUAGCCCCUUUGAAACCCUUGAUAGAAGAGGUAAUCACUGAGCCCAAGGAUCAUCUGCUGCUGUCACCAGUCUGUCACCAACCAGAUGACCCCAGCUCAUGGGAAGGGGAUGAGAAUGGCAGUGAUAGAGAAGCACAGGGCCUGGCUGAGGGGGAAGGAUGUUCUCAUAAAGCACAAGGUGACAAGGAUGAUGAGAGUGGAUUGGAUUAA